UUGAUGGAUGUGAGUUUGAGUGAACUCCGGGAGUUGGUGAUAGACAGGGAGGCCUGGCAGGCUGCGAUUCAUGGGGUUGCAAUGAGUCAGACACAACUGAGCGAAUGAACUGAACAGUACCAGAAAAAAUUAACUACAUUUCAGACUGUUAUUGGGUAUAAGAGCAAUUGUGAAAGUGGCUGAGAAUAGGUACACAGUGUGGUCUCACUGUAGAAGGCUGCACUCCGUGAGAGGCAUCUAGAUAUUAAAUUCUAUGCUUCCUAAUAUAUCUCUGCUGCUAGUACACCUGUCUUUGCACCACCUCCUGUGAGAUUACUGCCUCUCAUUCACGGAAAACUUUGGCCCCUGGCUCACCAGCUUCCUCUCCACCAGAGACACCAUCCUGUCUGGGGCCCACAUCCACAUGUAUAACCAUUCAAUGUCCUCUUUUCUCCAUUCCUCCUCAUUCCAACAUCUCCAUCUCCUGUCCUUGUCAGCUCCCAUAGCUCCUGGUUACACCCUCUACCCUUCUGAGAUCAUCAGAAAGAACCACAUUUUUUCCUUGGUUUUUAAAAAAAAAUUUUUACAACCUUUUAAAAUUAAGUAUAAUACACAUACUGUAAAGUAUCCAAAUGCAUCUAAAUACAGCUUAUCACAAAGUCACCGCACUGGGCCAAACAAAUCAAGAAAUAGAACAUUAGCCCCUCACGUGCUCUUUAUCCAGAGAUCACCACUAUACUGAUUUUUAACAGAUUUUGUGGCUUCCCUUUGUCAGGGUAAGGAAGGUCCCAUCUAUCCCUGUUUUCAUCAUGAAUGUGUAGAAUUUUAUCCAACAGUUUUCUGUAUGAGAUGAUCAUAAUGCUUUUCCUCCUUUUUAAAAAAUCGUUUAUUUUUCCUCUGUCGGGUCUUUGCCACUGCGCAUGGACUUUCUCUAGCUGUGGAGUGGAGGCUGACCUCCAGUUGUGCGUGGGCUCCUCCUUGCCUAGUGGCUGCUCUUCUCACAGAGCGCAGGCUCUAGAGUGCUCAGGCUUCAUAGUUACAGCAUGUGGACUCAACAGUCGUGGCUCAUGGGCUCUACAGCUUGGGCUCAGUGGUUGUGGUACAUGGGCUUCGUUGUCUGUGGGAUCUUCCCAGGCCAGGUAUCGAACCCGUGUCACCGGUAUUGGCGGCAGAUUUUUAUCCACUGUACCACCAGGCAAGUCCUGCUUUUUCUUGUCUGUUAAUAAUGUGAAUUCAGGUUUCUGAAUGUUAAUACUGCCACUAAUGGAAUGAAUCCAGCAUGGCUAUUGUGUACUAUUCUUUUCACAUAUUGCUGGAUUACUUUACUAAUAUUUUAAGAUUUUUGUAUCUGUGUUCAUGAGUGAGUUAGGCUUAUAAUUUUCCUUCCUCUGUCAGGCUUUGGCAGCAAGAUCAUGUCAGCCAAAGAAAGGACUUUGGAUUUUAUUCUCAGUGAGAUGGGAAACCAAAGCUCUUCUAUUAAUAUUUACUGAUAUGAAAAGAUUUCAGAUAUAAAUUUUCAGAGGGGAAAAAGCAAUUUAUAGAACAGUGCAUAGAACAUGAUCACUGUAUGUAAAUUAAAUAUCUAUGUACAUGGUGUGUACCUGUUUUAGUUAUUCAGGCAAAAAAAUGUUGCUAAUUGAUGCACAGAGGUGGUGAGACAGGCUUACACUUUUCUUUUUGCACCCUUUUUUUUCUUUUAUAACAGCUUUAUUUAGCUACACAAAACAGUCCACCCUUUUAUUUUAAAGUAUACAAUUCAGUGGGUUUUAAUAUAUUCACAGAUUUGUACAACUAUCACCGCUAUCUAAUUUUCGAACAUUUUCAUCAGUCCAGAUAGAAACUAUCCAUUAAGUAACCAUUAAGUAGUCAAAGGGUUAAGUCAAAUCUCCCCCAACCACUAAUCUACUUUCUUUCUCUGUGGAUUUGCCUGUUCUGGACAUUUUGUAUAAAUGGAAUCACACAAUAUGUGGCCUUUUGUUUGCACCUCUUUAUCAUUUGAAAUAUUUCUUACCACAUUGUGUUACUUUUAUUUUUAAAACAGAGGAAAAAGUAUCAAAAGGAAAAGAAGGAAAUUGGUGGUUUCUUGGUCCUAAAAAUCCUCUGCCACCUGGAGGUGAUAGGUCACAGCAGACAGUAUCUAGUCAAGGACUGGCAAGCAGACCUCCUCUCAGCAUCUCAGUCCCUUCCUUGUCUGUAAAUUGGGGAGGGUAUCACCCACCCCAGGGCUGCAGCAAGAUUUGAUCAAUUAUCACGCCUGGCCCAUAGUUCUCAGUCAAAACGUAGGGCUUGUCUUCCGAGCAGCAAAGCUAUAGUGUCACAAAGCUCCUAUGCAGAUGUACUGGAGUGUUAACAGAAUAGACCAGUGUGCUGCAAGGAUAAAUAGGACUAGGUGAUGGGGGAGGGGUGGGGUCAAGUUGGGAGGUGAGAGAAAUGGGCAGGAGAGAAGGACUCAGGAGGACACUGUCAGUGAAAGCCCUGACCCAGUCCUGCUCCCUCGUGGGCGCCUCAGCAAGAGCCGGAGCCACUACUGGCCAGGCCAGGGCUCCCUGAGGCACCACGGAGAUCUCAGAUUGAAGAAGGAGAGCGAGAGACCUAGCUUGGACGCAGGGGAAAGAGACGAUUUGGUGCCUAUGGGAUGUCUGAGAAAAUUCUGCAGGUGGAGUGUGUCUGUCUGUAUGUAUAUUUGUGAGUGUGCAAGCUGUGAACACAAAAAUGAAUACCUCCCAAGAUCUUAACAUUCACACUAUGGGAAAGAAAGAAAGCUGAGCUUUCUCAUUGUCAUUGUGUGGUCUAAUUUGCAUGAUUUAGGUGCUGCAUGCUUCAUUAAUUAAAACUCUUUUUAAAAUGCAUAAAAUAUAUUCCAGGGCCUGUUUCAAACAGAUGCGGUUCACCACAUUUUGUAUCUUGGUUGUGUUUGGAAGGCAGAGUUCCUUGUCCAACCACACCCUUGUCCUGCAUACCUCAAGGGCACACAGCCACUGAGUCUCCUUUACCUGCCUGUCAAAUGAGGGUAACGAGAGAGCACACCUCCUGGGUUAGUGGGAGGAUUCAGUGAGUUAGCACAAGUGAGUGGUAACAACUCUUCCACCUGGUCACUGCUUGAUUUCAUGCCAGUCCUGAGGCUAAUAAGACAGGAGGAGGCAUUCUUUUGACCAGGCUGGUCAAAUGUAUACCCCUCUCCCCCACCUACAGUCUUGGAAAAAGUGUAAUUAACUCAAGUUGCCUAUUAACAUUGACAAACUAGAGAAAGAAUGUGUGUGGACUGGACAGGGUGAGACCUAUGGAACUGCCAGAAGAGAGAGAGGGCCAGGGUAGGUGUUCCUGCUGACCUCGUCUUCAAUCCUCAGGAGGGGUGUCAUGGCAGCCCUGUCUGCCUCUGCAGUCACACCUUCUGUGCAAUAACCCAGAACUUUCUUUCUGUUCUGUGUGUGGGGCCCCAUGGUUCCCACGCCAAUGCCUCGGUUCAGGGUGUUCUCCUUACUGGGAAUGUGGGUCCUCUCAAGGCGUCGUAAGGACCCUAUCCAUCUUCCCAGAAUCAGCUCAGGCAUCAUUUCCUCCAGGAAACCUCAUGCUAGGAGUCACAGCCCUCCCCCACCCCUACCGAACUAAGUAGCUGUUCCUUGCCCUGCCUUCUCCCUCCUCUUACCCUAGGGUGCACCUUCGUACCCUUGUCUCCUUCACUACACCAGGAGCAUGUUGAGGAAAGGAAGUCUGCCCUUUUCCUCUUUGUGUUUCUUCUACCUCCCCACAUCUUGCAUUGUUUGUUGUUGUUGUUUAGUCACUAAAUCAUGUCCAGUGCUUUGCGACCCCGUGGACUGCAGCCUGCCAGGCUCCUCUGUCCAUGAGAUUUCCCAGGCAAGAGUACUGGAGUGGGUUGCCCAUUUCCUCCUCCAGGGGCCCUUCCUAACUCAGGGAUUGAACCCAAGUCUCCUGCAUUGGCAGGCGGGUUCUUUACCACCGAGCCACCAGGGAAGCCUGCACUCAGUAGGUAGGCAUCAAUUAGCAGUCUAAUGUGUGUGGAUUAACAUAUCAGUCAGCCUUUUCUCAGCUGAAUGAACAGCCUCAGUUCCAGGCGGUGCCUACGCCCAUUCCCCUCCUCACUGCCCCCACCUCAUCGGCUGACUUCUCUCACCAACCAGCCUGCAUCGGGCCUCCCUGGCUCCUCCCUGGCCUGCAGCCUGAGCAGGCAUCCCCCUGCACCACAGUGGGCACUCAAGUUGCCCAUGAACAUCAUCAUCCACCACUCAGCACCGGCUGGAUCACAAACGAGUCUUCCUUAUUUGAAAUAACCAUGCGGGAUCCCUGGUGGAGCUUCCUAAGCAUCUUCCUUCUGUUUGGGAAAAAGUGAUGAUGUGGUGAGGAGGACACCUUGUCUUCUGGUUGCCUCUGCUAAGGCCUCGGGACCCUCCUUGACACGGAACCGGUUUGGAGAUGGCGGAACAGGCGUCCCUGAGACUCAGCACCAAGUGCCUUGGCCAUCACCGGCCACCAAGGGCCCAGCAGAGGGACCUGACUCAGAGCCCAUCUGCCAGGUAGCGGGGGUCCUGGCCCACCCCGGCCUCCAACUGCCACUCCCCUAACUGUCACUCAGAACUUUGCUUCUCAGUACCCGCACCCGUGCCUGCCUGCCCUUCGAAUGACUGCUGGCUCAGGAGCCAACACGGCUCUUUGAGGACUGGGUGAAAGCCACAUUGUGCGAUUCAGGAAAAUGGACUUGGAGGUCAGUGAACCAAUAGACUUUAGUUCUGGAGAUCAUCAACAUCUGGUUCGGAAAGCUGCAGAUCCUUAUACUGGGGGCAAGUCUGCUCGGUCCUAUGGAACUGCACCUUCAACUCAGGAGCCACGACAAGCUCAUGGAAAUCCACACUCAAGAGCUGAUAGGCGAGCAGAUACCUAUGUGGUACAGAUUUCACCAGAGACUACUACAGACGACAACAACCCUGGCCCAUUUUCAGAAACAGCUGUCCGCAGAGCUUUCAUCGUAAAAGUGUUAUUCCUCCUGUCCAUUCAGCUUCUGAUCACUGGGGCAAUCGUCAGCCUGUUUGUUUUCUGGAAGGCUUUACGAUCUUGGGUGGUCAAGAAUCCUUGGUUCACUUACACACUCUUGCCAGCCUUUUUUGUUGUAUUUAUUGUACUCGCCUGCUGUGGGAAUCUCCGCCGCCAGGUGCCUGCGAAUUACAUUCUCCUGGGAUUGUUUACAGUUCUUCAAGGUUUGCUGCUAGGAACCGUGUCAGUCUUCUAUCACGUCGAGGAAGUGUUAUGGGCAACAGGAGCGACUGCUCUGGUGACGCUAUCACUCAGUUUAUUUGCUCUUCAAACAAAAUGGGAUUUCACUUUGCUAAACGGAAUGCUGUUUGUUUUACUCUUCGUACUUAUCAUCUAUGGAAUUAUCUUAAUCUUCAUUCGAGCAUAUUGGUUGCAUCUAUUGUAUGCUGGACUUGGAACUGUGAUCUUCUCACUCUACUUGGUGAUGGAUGUGCAGCUGAUGGUGGGAGGGCGCCAUCAUCAUUCUGACCUAGACCCUGAAGAGUAUGUUUUUGCUGCCCUGAACAUCUACAUGGACAUAAUCAACCUUUUCCUUUUUAUUUUGCAACUGAUUGGAAUGGGACGGUAGUCACAUGGGCAAGGCUGGCUCACGCUGAAGAGAGGGAAGGAGGGACGGCUGUGAAGACUGCAGAGGUUAUCACUCCAUAAGUCCCUCUAUUUUAAAAAAUAAUUUUAAAAAUACUUUUUUUUCUUGUCAAAUGAAAGCAAGCAUUCGGUAGAUAGUAGCUAUAGCUGUUAUAUAUUUUUUAGUUCCAGUGUUACAUUACAAAACUUUCUGGUGGACAUUUUCUGAUUUUUAUAAAUUUA